UUGUGAAAUUUCUUUCGCCGAAACUAUUUAUUUUAUUUGUAACAUUUAAGUUUUAUUGGUUUAAUAAAGUUAUUUUGAAAUACUUUUUAAUUAAUAGACCAAAACUUGUGAAUUAAAACUAAAAAAAACAAUUUAAUUUUGUGAAGAUGGGCAAACAAAACAAAUAUAAACCAAAGGAGGAGAAGCCCGAGGAUCCUGUUACACUACAAAGUGUGGCCAAUCCAUCCACCAGCUCCGGAACACGGUCACCUGCGCCUUCGUCUUCUGGUGGAAUCAGCACCAAGCGAGGAACCAUCGGGACAAGCGGCACUGUGGCCAUUAAUUACCUAAAUGUUGACAUGACGAAAAUGCCAGCGAAGGCCUAUCACUAUGAUGUGAAGAUCCUACCGGACAGGCCCAAGAAGUUCUUUAGAAUGGCAUUCGAACAGUUUCGCGUAGAUCAAUUGGGCGGUGCAAUCGCCGCCUUUGAUGGCAGAGCAUCCUGCUAUUCGGCGGAUAAGCUGAACACGAAGUCCAAGGACCCGGAAGUCACUGUGACAGAUCGUCAAGGGCGAACUUUGCACUACACGGUGGAAAUCAAGGAGACCGGCGACUUGGAAGUGGAUCUGAAUUCGCUGAAGAGCUAUAUGACCACGAGGAUAUUCGACAAGCCCAUGCGGGCGAUGCAAUGUCUGGAGGUGGUGAUGGCGGCUCCUUGCCACAAAAAGGCCGUUCGUGCCGGUCGCUCCUUUUUCAAAACUUCCGAUCCUGGCGGGCGGCAGGAAUUGGACGGUGGAUACGAGGCCCUCGUCGGUCUGUAUCAGUCCUUGGUACUUGGUGAUCGCCCAUUUGUAAAUGUCGACAUAUCGCACAAGUCAUUUCCGAUUGCCAUGCCUGUGAUCGAAUACCUUAGAAGAUUUGGCUUGAAACAGGAAAUCAACAGCACCACUACUUUGGAAAAGUCCAGGCAUUUCGUCGAAUCGUUCCUCAAAGGCCUCUAUGUGAUUUACACACCACCCAAGUCCUUCGCCGCCGCUUCGCGAGUCUACAAAAUUAAUGCACUGUCGAUUAAGCCAGGAAGCACCCAGGAAUUUGAUCUGGAGGACAAGAUGAUCACAGUGGCGGAAUAUUAUAAGAAUCGCAACUAUAAGUUGCAAUUCCCCCAGCUUCCGUGUCUGCACGUUGGACCUGUGACGAAACAAAUAUUUGUGCCAAUCGAGCUUUGUCAAAUCGAGGGCGGUCAGCCAUUAAAUCGGAAGGAUGGAGCCACUCAGGUGGCCAGUAUGAUCAAGUUUGCCGCCACAUCGACGAACGUGCGAAAGGACAAGAUCAUGCACCUGUUGAAGUUCUUUGAGCACAAUAAUGACCCGACCAUCAGCCGAUUUGGCAUCAAGAUCGCUGCCGAUUUCAUGAUGGUCAGCACCCGCACCCUCGACGCUCCGAGAGUGGAGUACCAUGGCAAGAAAUGGUGCGCGGUGAGGAACGGAUCGUGGCGCAUGGACAACAUGAAUUUCCUGGAGUCCAAGCCCAAGUCCCACAAGUGGGCGAUUCUGUACUUUGAUCCUGCCACCGGUCGCAAGAUGCAUUACAACCAGGUCAGCGACUUCGAGCGACAGGUGUUCAACCAGAGCAAAUGGGUGAACAUCAACUUGGACGCCAAGGCGGAAAUAAGGUCCUUCAAGGACUACCGCGGCCUGGACGAAUGCUUCGUGGACCUGAAGCGAAAGCAGUGCGAUCUGGCGAUCGUGAUCAUUCCGCAGACUGGGGUCUCCUACGACAUCAUCAAGCAGAAGGCCGAGCUGCAUCACGGCAUUCUGACGCAGUGCAUCAAGCAGUACACUCUGGAGCGAAAGCUCACACCCAAUACCAUUGCCAACGUACUACUAAAGGUUAACUCUAAGCUAAAUGGCAUUAACCACAAGCUCGAGGAAAAUUCCCUGUUGAAAUCGCUUAAGAACGCCAUGUACCUGGGCGCCGAUGUGACCCAUCCGUCGCCCGAUCAGCGCGAGAUCCCCAGUGUGGUGGGCGUGGCAGCCUCCCACGAUCCCUACGGAGCCUCCUACAACAUGCAAUAUCGCCUGCAGCGAUCGGCUCUGGAGGAGAUCGAGGACAUGGAGUCUAUUACGAUGGAGCACCUGCGUGUAUACAAGCAGUACAGGAAGACCUAUCCGGAGCACAUUCUCUAUUACCGAGACGGUGUGAGCGACGGACAGUUUCCAAAAAUCAAGAACGAGGAGCUGAAGGGUAUUAAUGUAGCCUGUUCUAAGUUAGGUAUUAAUCCCAAGAUUUGCUGCGUGAUUGUUGUAAAGCGUCACCACACGCGCUUCUUUCCGAACGGCGACCCAUCGCAGUACAACAAGUUCAACAACGUGGACCCAGGAACCGUGGUCGAUCGCACCAUCGUGCAUCCCAACGAGAUGCAGUUCUUCAUGGUCAGCCACCAGUCCAUCCAGGGCACGGCCAAGCCGACGCGUUACAAUGUAAUUGAGAACACAGGCAAUCUGGACAUCGACCUGCUGCAGCAGUUGACCUACAACCUGUGCCACAUGUUCCCCCGUUGCAAUCGAUCGGUUUCGUAUCCGGCUCCGGCCUACUUGGCCCAUUUGGUGGCAGCACGCGGUCGCGUUUAUCUCACAGGCUCCACUAGAUUCAUGGAUCUGAAGAAGGAAUACGAGAAGCGCAAGAUUGUACCCGAAUUCAUGAAGACAAACCCAAUGUACUUUGUCUAAGCUACUUCACUCUAUAUUGCUUUAUAACCUAUAAGUUAAAACUCCUCAAAGUGCCAGCUUAAAACAACAUACUCAUUCCCGAAUUCUCAAAACUCCCUUAUUAUAAAAACAAAACCAAUAAAAAUAAAAACAAAUAAGGCUAAUUAAAAGUUUAGGGAUACGGAAAUUAUUUAGC